UAACCAAUUUCAUCUUUCUCGUGCCUCCUUCUUCACUCUCAAAACCCUAGCCUUUUCCUGUACAAACAGAGGAGGUUAAAGAGACGGCGCCGUUUCGCUGUCCGCCUUGACAAAGCAACACAGCUUCGUCUUGGCCCUCGAUUUUGCAACUUUUUUUUUGUCUCUCUGAAACUCUGAAUCUCUAUCAUCAUCGUUACAAAUGGCACCAAAACCAACUAAGGCUGAGAAGAAGAUCGCUUACGAUGCUAAGCUCUGCAAGCUUCUCGAGGAGUACACUCAGAUACUUGUGGUCAAUGCUGAUAACGUUGGAUCUAACCAGCUCCAGAACAUUCGAAGGGGUCUUCGUGGUGAUUCUAUUGUUCUUAUGGGCAAGAACACCAUGAUGAAGCGUUCUGUUAGAAUGCAUGCUGAAAAUACCGGGAACAAUGUGUACCUCAGCCUUAUCCCUCUUCUUGUUGGAAACGUGGGAUUGAUCUUCACCAAAGGUGAUUUGAAGGAGGUUAGCGAGGAGGUUGCUAAGUACAAGGUUGGAGCACCUGCUCGUGUUGGUUUGGUUGCUCCAAUUGAUGUUGUUGUUCCUCCAGGCAACACAGGGCUUGACCCCUCACAGACCUCUUUCUUCCAGGUUCUGAAUAUUCCAACCAAGAUCAACAAGGGUACUGUUGAAAUUAUCACCCCUGUGGAACUUAUUAAGAAGGGUGACAAGGUCGGUUCUUCUGAAGCUGCACUGCUUUCCAAGCUUGGCAUCAGGCCCUUCUCAUAUGGUCUUGUUGUCCUCUCUGUCUAUGACAAUGGUUCAGUAUUUAGCCCUGAGGUUCUUGAUCUCACUGAGGACGACCUUGUUGAGAAGUUCGCCGUUGGAGUCUCAAUGGUGACCGCACUCUCAUUGGCCAUUUCAUACCCGACCCUUGCAGCUGCCCCACUUAUGUUCAUCAACGCCUACAAGAAUGUUUUAGCUGUUGCCAUUGAGACAGAUUACUCUUUCCCAGAGGCUGACAAGGUUAAGGAGUAUUUGAAGGACCCCAGCAAAUUUGCCGUGGCUGCUGUCACUGCUCCUGCUGCUGGCGCAGGUGGUGCUCCGGCUGCUGCUGCUGCUAAGGAAGAGGAAAAGAAGGAAGAGCCUGCUGAAGAAUCUGAUGAUGACAUGGGUUUCAGUCUGUUUGACUAGGCCUUUGUUAGAUUUGAUAUUUUAAGUACUCACUCAUUCUAGGUUAUGUUACAUUGUGUGUUCUUUUUGUUUUAUAUAAUUCAAUUACUUCUAGAAAUUUUUUUUACGCCUCGACCCAACAAAUAGGGAAGAAGACCAGACACAAUUCAUAUUAAUUCUGGAAUUUUUACAAUAUAUUUAAUUUUGUUUAAA